AUGAACUGGGCAAGAGAAGUAGUAACAGAAUUCGUUUGUUCCUAUUUAAUAAUACAUGCUUGUGUUAGUGAAAUGAAGCAUACACCUAGAUCAAAUCUUGUAUACAGGCUCAAGAUAAAUGAAUUCAGACUCUCUUUGGAGCUCACCGUGCUUCACAAUGCUUCUGUUGCACCAAUCGAAUGCCCUUAUUUAUUUUUGUCAACCAAACUGAGGAGCGAUUUGCAAGCAUUAUACACCCAAUUAAUUAUUUUACCUUAUCUUAAGCACGACCGCUUACGUGAUAGAAGAUUUAGUACCUAUGACAUGGCUUUGUUACCCAGUUUACAACAUCUUCCUUUUCACAACACAGUAAUGACUUCCUCACACGCACAUCAAAACAAAUCAUGGGAGUUUAUGCAAGGUAGUGGCGCCGAUCCUGAUAAACUUAAGCGCAUAUCAACUAUCCCCAGACGAGAGCCUUCAAAUAUGCAACAUAUUGAUUGUUAUUUAUGCAUUUUAUGA